AUGAGGUUAUACGAGAUAAAGUUGGCUGAAUCUAAGGAUGGACAUUGGCAAAAUAUUAGGAAAUAUGUUGGUGACCAAGUAAUGCUGACUUCAAAAGACAGGAAACCAGCAGAAAGAUGUGUAGAAUUUAUGGCAGGAAUUAUACAAGAGGUGGACUCAUUCAUUGUUGAGUGCAAAACACUGCGAUCAAACUUAUUUGAUAAGGAAAACACUGUGAAGCCAUGGAAAGCCAAUGAGUUGCUCUUUUUGGAAAACAUAAUCAAAGAUUUAUCAGCAAUCGACACAAAGAUGGUGAAGGCAAAGGGUGACAUUUUUCAGAAUGUUUGCUAUUUAAGAAGAAGGGUGUUGGAAAGUGAAGCCAUCCAACACGAUAACAGUCGCUCUAAAAGAAGAAUGAAAGAAAAUAAGCGCAAAUCAUCAAAUAGAAAAGAACAACGAAAAUUGAGAAGCUGUUGUAAGGUUCUUCAAGAAAUAAUUGGAUUGACAGAUGAUGCUCAGGAAAUGAUAGCCAAGGUGGACAAGGGCGACUUUAGUUUUACAAUAGACAAUUCAGACUUUGUACCUGAAAAGCUGUUGGCCCUCGAACCAAAAACCCACAAAUCAGGCCUACGUUUCUUAAUUGAAAAAAAAAUAUUUGUGUCUGGUGGAAGCAAAGACAUGGCAGAAGAGGCUGUCAGCAACAUGGAGAAACAGAACAUGCCAAAGUCAAAGAGGUCCACUGUUAAAAAGCGCAAAACAGGACAGCAAAUGUCAAUCGAAUCUGCAUUUGCAAAUGCAGUGUAUGACCCUUCAGACAAUUCAUCAAAUCCAUAAGAACAACUCAUAAACAUGGCGGUCAGAUGUGUCUGCUUGGUUCUGCAUAUCUUUUUGAUAAUACGACUACUUAUUAAUAACUGUUGGCUUUCUAAUGAUACUAAUAAAGAAAGACAUUUGUCUUGGGAUCUCGGACCAUCACAAAACCCUCGUUUACAGAAACUUGGCCAAGAAAUAAUCAACAGGAUAACCGGCAUUGAAUGGCGGAAACCGUAUCUGCGAUUAUCCACUCGCAAAUCAUCAUGGAAAGAAAGCUCAGUUUCGACCAAUAAGUAUAUUUUCCUUUUUACCUUAUUAUUAUCUAACGAUAUAAACGUGAACCCAGGUCCUGUUAGCAACCUGAAAUGUCAAAUAUGCCUUAAAACCAUCCGAAGAAAUCAAGCUUUGGCUUCAUGUUCUGAAUGUAAUGUCAAAUUUCAUUCGAAAUGUUGGGAUACAUCCAAUAUGAACCCUCUUUCCGUAAAGUGCCAAUUUUGUGCAUCCACCGAGUCUAGUACUGGUUUACUGAUUGAUGGAACUGAGCAAAUUCAAUUCCCAAGUAACUGGAGUAAGUUAAUGUCGAGUCGGGGUUUGAAAAUCUGCCAUCAGAAUAUUUGUGGUCUAUUUAAUAAAAUAGACCUUCUCCGUGUCAAUUUUGACCUGAUGAAGGAAUUACACAUACUUGGUAUAAGCGAGUCUCAUCUCACUAAAGAUAUAACGGACCCAGAGAUAAGUAUAUCAGGAUACAAUAUCUUUAGACGCGACAGACAAAACAAUAAUUAUGGAGGUAUAGUGGUCUACGUGAAAGAAACUGUAAACAGUGUACGAAGAGAAGAUCUAGAAAGUGAUUUCAUUGAAGGAAUUUGGCUUGAGAUUUUAUUUCCCAAUACUAGAAGUAUUCUUGUUGGUAACUUUUAUAGACCACCCGAAGGUUCCCUUUAUUUAAGCCCAAAUUUCGACAUCGAACUACAAAACAUGCUAACAAGUGCCACGUGCGAAAAGAAAGAGAUUAUAAUUUUGGGUGACUUUAAUUACGAUUUCCUAAAUCCCACGAGUGGCCGAACUCUUAAAGAAAAUUUGAAAGACAAUGGUCUUAUGCAAAUCAUCAAAGAUCCGACACGCAUUACAAAUAAUUCCUCCACACUUAUUGAUAUCAUAGGAACGACUCAAACCCACAACAUCUCAACGAGCGCUGUUAUACAAAACUCUAUGAGCGAUCACGACAUGAUCGGAUGUGUAAGAAAAGUUAAUAACCUAAAGUUUGCCCCUCGAACUGUUACUGUUUCAUGUCGAAAUUAUAAACAUUACAAUCCUGAACAAUUUAUAUCCGACCUUAAACGACUUAACUUUUCUUCAAACAUGAACAUGGAUGUAGAUACCGUAUGA